CAAUGAGCAACUACGGCAACGGCAAAGGGAAGCCGAUGAACGGAGAAGACGAUGAUGACGAAGAUGAUGGAAACGAGAGGGACCUCGAAGCAUGGGAGAGAGCAUAUGCAGACGAGAGAUCAUGGGAAUCAUUACAAGAAGAUGAAUCUGGACUCCUCCGGCCAAUCGAUAACCAAGCUUUACAUCAUGCUCAGUAUCGCCGCCGUCUCCGGUCACUUUCCUCCGCAUCCGCCGCCUCACGUAUCCAAAAAGGCCUCAUUCGAUAUCUCUAUCUUGUUAUCGAUCUCUCUCGGGCAGCUGGAGAGAUGGAUUUACGGCCGAGUCGAAUGGUGGUGGUUGCUAAACAAGUAGAGGCUUUCAUAAGGGAGUUCUUUGAUCAGAACCCAUUAAGUCAAAUUGGUCUGGUAACCAUAAAAGAUGGAGUUGCUAUGUGUUUAACCGACCUAGGUGGCAGUCCCGAGUCUCAUGUCAAGGCACUAAUGGGGAAACUAGGGUGCUCAGGCGAAGCUUCCCUUCAAAAUGCUUUAGAACUUGUACACGACCAACUUGAUCAAAUCCCUUCAUACGGUCAUCGGGAAGUUCUCAUCUUGUAUUCCGCUUUGAGUACUUGUGAUCCAGGAGAUGUAAUGGAAACCAUUCAAAAAUGCAAGAAAUCCAAGAUUAGGUGUUCAGUAAUUGGUCUAUCUGCAGAACUCUAUAUAUGCAAAUAUUUGUGCCAAGAAACAGGAGGCUUAUACUCUGUUGCUUUGGAUGAGGCACACUUAAAAGAGUUAAUACUAGAGCAUGCACCACCACCUCCCGCCAUAGCUGAAUUUGCUAUAGCUAAUUUAAUAAAGAUGGGAUUCCCACAAAGAGCCGCGGAGGGUGUUAUAUCUAUAUGUUCAUGUCAUAAAGAAUCGAAAUUUGGUGGAGGCUACACUUGUCCAAGAUGCAAAGCGCGUGUUUGUGAGUUGCCUACGGAGUGCCGGAUUUGUGGAUUGACACUUGUUUCUUCUCCUCAUCUGGCAAGAUCUUAUCACCAUCUAUUCCCCGUAACCACAUUCGAUGAUGUCGCUCCUUCAAUUGUAACCAAUCAACAUCGUCGGCCAAAGAAUUGUUUCGGUUGCCAGCAAAGUCUCUUGAAUCCUGGAAAUAUGCCGGGGCGGUGUGUAAGUUGCCCGAAGUGCAGACAGUUUUUUUGCCUGGAUUGUGACAUAUACAUUCAUGAAAGUUUGCAUAACUGCCCAGGUUGUGAGAGCUUAAGAGAGGUUGCUGAAUGAAAUGGAACAUCAGCUGAAUUUGGUUUGUUGGAUUAGUGGACACAUACAGGUAAAAGGCAAGAUAGAAUUUCUUCUUCUUGUUUGUUGUUUUUAUAUGUGGCCGUCUGUCUUCUCCAUAUUGUGUAACUUCUAUGCAAUGGUUUCAGAUAGGCUUUGAUCCAUGAGAAUUAAGGAUCUUUUAAUUUAUUCUUUGUUUAUCUAUAACAUUUGGCUGAAAGAUGUGGCCAAGUUUCCGCAUGCAUGUGAAUGUGGAGAAUAAGAUGGUACAUGA